CUCGUUUUACGUACGACUUUCAAAGAGGGUUGUCUUCUUACUCCCGCUGUCCGAUAACUGGAAAACUCAAGUUGAUGCAUUUUUGUGCAAGUGGUUGUGAUGCUGGGUGGAAAGGAUAUGACUGUAGAGAAAGAGAUUGUACUGUGAGGAAUGGAGAUUGUGGUGCUGAAAUGAAAUGCGUUGAAUCUUUGGUAAACAAUACAAUGUACACAGAAUGUGCCUGUCCCACCGGCACAGUUAGAAACAACUUUAACUUGUGUGAAGUUUUCAGAGAAAACCUAGCUCUGCAUAAGCCAGCGUUUUUGAGUUCGGUAAAUGGAGCAAACGAAGCUAAAUAUUUGACUGAUGGGAUUUAUUAUGACUUUAAAUUUGCCCAAAUCAAUGACAAGAAAUCGAACUGGAUGGCUGUUGACCUUCAAAUGUCUUAUUGCAUUGGAUAUGUCAUUGUUUAUAACAGAUUCUCAGAGACAGAUUCAAUUAUGCAUCAGUUAGACAAUUUCGUUGUGAGACUCAAUGGAACGUUUGACACUUCAGCUGACUAUGACAUAAGGAAGAAGGUUAACCUUUGUGGGAGGUGGCCGUCUGAAGCUCUCAAUGGAGUGAACCAGAUGAAGGUUGUCUGCGAAAAUUUUACACUGAUAUCAAAGUUUGUCAUCGUACAAGAGGCAGAUAAGAAUUUCAUUGGAAGCAUGGGAGUCGUUGAGUUAGAAGUUUAUAGCGUUGGCACAUUGCCCGUUACGUCGUCUAUACCAAAACCAAAGAAGAUGAAUCUUUUAUCAACGGACUAUGUUGGUUGCUACCAGUUUAUUGAAGCAGUUAAGACAAAAGACGUUGGCUCCAUUUCAGAGUGUUCUUCAUUUUGUAAAGAAGAAACCACCAGAUACAUUUCUUUAAAAGGUGGCAAAGAAUGCAACUGUAACGACAGAUUAGGAUUAGCUGUUCCUUCCUCUUACUGUAACACUUCAUGCUCCAACAAUGAUGCGUGCGGCGGAAAAAUAUACUACUCCAUUUAUGAUGACCGGUAUGCCGAAGCAAUCAAAAUGCCUCGGCCAAUAUACACUUUUGAUGCCUAUCAAAAGUGUAUAUUUUUGUGUAUGGAACUAAACUAUCCACUUUUUUGGGUAAAGUUGCUCUUGUAA